AUGCAAAAGUACGAGAAACAACUCUCGGAUCAUCAUUCUAGAAAUGGCGCAGAACUGAAUGAAAAUCAAGACGGACGUACACACGAGCUUGAAUCAAAGAUCAUUAAGCAUUCACAAAAGCUCUCGAAACAAUACGCCUCAAUUAACGAGUUGAAGAGUGGUGUGAAAGUGGCAGGCAAGAAGGACGUUGAUCAUUUAAGGGCAAGAAACAAAUUAGCGCCAGGCUAUUCUUGA